AUGGCUCGAUUGGCGUUGUGUGUACUGGCUCUCCUGGUGGCCGGGACUCUCUCGAGUACCGAAAGGUCCAAUGUCUCACCUAAACUUGUGGACCCAGUCUUCGUGCAACGCCAAGUGGAUUUGAUGAUCUUGUUUUUCCAUCUCCACGAACCUAAUCAUCCCGAAUCUUGGAAGCAAAUUAGUAACACCUGGAGUCUUGAGAAGAACAUUGAACACUUUAGCAAUGUAACUGCUGUGAACACUUACCUAGAAAUGUUGGAGCACAAAUGGGUACUUCCUCGUGCUGUACCUUUCUCCGUUCUUGAAAGCGAGCACAAGUUUGAAGCAGUCACUCUAUACAACAUAUUGUACUCUGCCAAGGACUAUGAUUCGUUCUACAAGGCUGCCGUAUACCUCAGGGAACGUGUCAACGAAAAUCUUUUCGCUUACGUACUCGGAGUUGUGAUUUUGAACCGCCCUGAUACCCAAGGGAUUUACAUUCCUCGUCUGCAUGAGGUCUUCCCAUCCUACUACUUUAAUGGAGAAAUCCUUACGACGGCACAAAGGAUAAACACACAUGGACACCGUUUGAUUGAAUCCUACCCUUCUACCUACAAAUGGGACAACAACGUGGUCAUUAGAUGGAAUGAUACUAUUUGGCCUUACUCCAAUAGCUACGUCUCCCCCGUUGGCUACUUUACUAAUGACAUUGGCCUUAACACAUAUUACUACAACUACCAUCUUGCUCAACCCAGUUGGCUGCGUAGCAAAGUUCUUCCAUUAAACAAAGGACGACGUGGAGAAUGGGUCUGGUUCGUACACCAGCAAAUGCUUGCUCGUUAUUAUAUGGAAAGAUUGUCCAACGGUCUCGGUGAGAUCCCUGAACUUGGACACGAAAUUGUUAAGGAAGGGUACAAUCCAGGUCUUUUGUAUCACAAUGGCAUUGCAUUCCCAGUGAGACCCGAUUACUACCACCUAGACCAACCUCUAUUAGUUCAUGCUCUGCAAAAAAUUGACGAUUAUGAACGUCGUGUUCGUGAUGCUAUCGAACAGGGUUAUGUACUUAACCAUCGUGGUGAACAUAUUGACAUUAGCUCUCCUGAGGGUAUCGAAAUUCUGGGCAAUGUAAUUGCAGCCAACGCCGAUUCUCCAAAUCUCAAAUAUUACAAUGAUUUCAUCGGCCUUUGGAAAAAAGUUUUAGGAAAUUCUAUUGUCCACGAACAUCAGUAUCACCACCACGUCGUUCCUUUGGUUGUUCCUUCUGCACUGGAGCACUACCAAACUGCUCUGCGUGACCCUGCUUUCUACAUGAUCUGGAAGCGAGUCUUGGGACUGUUCCAGUUGUGGCAAGAGAAACUUCCGCCAUACAAGCGUGAAGAGCUUGCUCUGCCCCAAGUGGCUAUUCAGAAGGUUGACGUUGAUAAACUGGUGUCUUUCUUCGAGUAUAGCUAUUGGAACGUUUCUGCUUUCUUGCAUAUGAACGAAGAAGAAGCCAAGGAAUUCUACGACCAAGAGAGCGUGUUGGUACAAUACCCAAGGUUGAACCACAAGAAAUUCCAAGUACGUGUACAUGUAAAGAGUGAAGUUGCCAAGAGCGUUCUUGUCAAGUUCUUCUUGGCGCCCAAAUAUGAUAGCCACGGCUUUGAAAUACCUCUCCACGUCAAUUCUCAAAACUUCUUGCAAUUUGACGAGUUCGUGUAUGACUUACCCGCUGGAGAAUCGGUAAUUGCUCGCGACUCUAUUGAUACCAGCAAAGUUUGGGACUCCGCCAACAAUGUCUACAAUGCCUUUGAAAAAUCCCUCCACGGCGACAAACAAUUCAACAUGGAACAGGUUGAGAAUAUGGAGACGCUGGUCCAACACCUUGUACUACCUAAGGGACGCGUUGGUGGCAUGCCUUUCGUUUUGAUGGUCUACAUUUCCGAGUACCACGCACCCAAGGUUCAUCACGAGCCAAGCAAUCUUUCCAAGAUGCCUCUUGGCCUUACGGUCAUUGUUGGUCAACUGACCGAUGAUCCACUUGGCUUCCCAGUCAACAGGCCUCUCUACCCCUGGCAAGUGAAAGGUGUCAAGAACUUGUACUUCCAGGAUGUACUGGUCCAUCAUAAACAUACUCCUGAGAUUGUAGUCCCCCACACGGAAUAA